CAAUGCGCUCGUGGGGAGCUGUGGUGCGGCGUGGGAAGCGCCAGCGCGAGUAUGUUACGGAGAGCCAAGCAAGGGAGGCGGUGAAGAAGAUCCUGGCACUGGAGGAAGACGAUCUGAUUGAUUCAGGUAAGCUGACGUCGCUGCCAUACCCCGGAAUGAGACGCUCCCCUUCUUCCAUUCGGCCACCGGUGGAUUUCAAUUUUGUGGGCAAGGACACGUUGGAUGGCUUGUUGAGGGAGUGGCAUUUGGGAUACACCGAGCUGGUUGUUUACGGGCCCAAGGGCAUCGGGAAAUCGUCUGAGUUUCGAGCGCUUGCCUGCCUCUUAUACCAAAAGCUCAACACUGUGAAAGCCAAGCAAGAGUUGAGGGCUCGGGUGGUAUUCCUGUGGGGGAUCACGCUGCUGCAAGAUAUAGUUGCGGCCUUAAAGGAUGCGCUCUUGUUUUCCUAUCUGGUGGACAGUGUCGAGAAUGUGGAUGGCUGGCAAGAUGUUGAAGCUGUUAUCAAGGCCAUCAAGUCUACGCAAGAUAUCAUCUCCUUCAUCAGCAGUCGCAAGGGUGGCUCCAAGCCGGAGAUUUUUCAUUUCCUGGUGGACGGUGGCGAGAAGCUAGACCCCGCGGACUUUCUCGGAAAGCCGGUGUUGAACUCCGAGCACCUUUCUGCAGUGGGUCGCCAUUUACAGCAGGUUUUGGCAACAGGCGAAAGGGUCUGGUGGUGCACAAGCUCAGGAGCCAGCCAGGCAAUCCAGGAGCUACCGUUUUACACUUACGGAAAUGAAGCCUUUAACAACGAUGAGUACUCCAUCUAUGCUUCAGACUGUAUACUGGGGAAAAUUCCUGCUCGUCGUGCAAGCAUCUACUUCUACACCGGACUUGUGCCACUUUUCCUCGACGUACUAUGCGAUUCGUGCAACUCCGUGAUAUGUGAAACAAAGCUACAGAGCAGUUUUCGGGAUCGCAAGUUAUGGGAGCGCAGCGGCUUAGCUGCAGCCUUUCUGCUGGAUGGCGACGACGAAGCGGAUGCUUCAGCGCUCGAGGAAGAAGACGAGUACUGGGACGCGGUGAUUAAGACGUUUUGUGAACAUACCGAGCUAAAAGCUGUUUCGAGAAAGGCAGAUCGAAUAGUGGUGCAAGAGGACUACUUGACCGACGAGUCCAUGGCAAGUCUCGACCCAACUUACGUCCUCAACGCUGGAAAGGGCCAAUACUGCUCGCCUUACAUAAAAACAGUCUACGUGAAGACCGUGCGCUCCAAAGAAGAAGUUGCCAAGCCCCAUGCCAACGGAGUGUGGUUGGCAUAUGCAAGCCGCAAGCUGUCAGAUACAAGUGAAAUCGACUGGUUGUGCCUGGGCCAUCUCUGCGAGGACGUUCUAGCCAGCGUGAUUCCAAAGAAAGGAUUGGUCCUCGGGCAGCUUAAAGUCUGCGGAGCUAUCUGUGUCGAAACGUUUAACAGCAUCCCGUCGAGAACCAUCAAGUCACUGGUACAGCUGAAGCCAAAUUCAGGGUAUUAUUACAAGCCUUGGGAGCGUGCCUUCCCGGACGUGGAUGGCGUGAUUGUGUGGGUGGACGAGAAGGGCGAGCUGCAUGUUGUAGCGCUGCAGUUCACCGUCAACAUUGACAGGCAUUUACAUUCUGCGGACCAGUUCAUGAGCUUGGCAUCCCUGAAGCGCUGGUUCCCAGACAUUGAAGAGUAUGUGAUGGACACGGCAUCGACGUUGCAGCCGCCAGUGUCGCCAUCGACGGUGAAGCUGCACUUCGCAUUCAUUGGCUGUUCUUCACGGCCUGGCGUUUGCAGUAGCGAGAAGAAGUCCACACUCAAGAAGCGGAGGCGUACGGUGAUCGGAACGCCUGCCUACAUGCUGCACGUUCAACCAUUUGAUACUGACUCGAUUCCAGGUUUGAGUGCGGAUGAUUACAAAGUGUUGGUAGACAUUACUCAGCACAGGACGUGGACAGGAAAGAGCAACUACACACAAGUCUGUGAUGACGGGUUUGGCCUCCUCGCUCUCUCCAGAAAAGAGCUAGAGAAAAUGGCCAAGGAGGAUUUUGGAAUCCCUGACCCGGGUCAUAACGUCUACAAAAACAAGGCACUGCUUAUCAAUGCGAUGCUCUCAACGUGACAAUUGACAUUGCUAACACAAAUAAAAUAAGAGUUAAAA